AAUGUGAUCCCUAUACUCGAUAACAUAAUGUUAUCGCUUAACAAACUUGGGUACAAAACCAAAGCAAAGCAUUUCGUCGCUAUUUUAUAAUUUUAUAAAGUUAACACUAAAGUUUAAGUGAAAAUUAAACAUGGCUAAUGUCGAAUCGAUGAUUGUUGAAGAGAAACCACAAAUUAAACCAGUUGAUCGAGAAAAGACCUGCCCAUUGUUGCUGAGGGUAUUUUGUUCUACGGGUCGCCAUCAUUCUGUUUCCGAAUAUAUGUAUGGCAAUGUGCCGAGCAACGAGUUACAAAUAUACACUUGGAUGGAUGCCUCAUUACAUGAACUUACCUCUUUAGUGCGCGACGUUAAUCCAGAUACCCGUAAAAAAGGCACGUAUUUCGAUUUUGCCAUAGUCUACCCAAACUAUCGAAAUAAUCAUUUUCAAAUGCGUGAGAUCGGCGUGACUUGCACCGGCCAAAAAGGAGCGGAUGAUAACAAAACCUUAGCACAAGCAAAAUUUUGUAUUGGUGAUUUUCUUGAUAUAUCAAUAACACCACCGAAUCGUUUACCUCCUAUUAGACGUCAACGACCAUAUUGAGUAAUUCAAGAAAUAAAUUAAAGGCAUUUUUUAGAAAAUUAUUUUUGUAAAUUUCAACUCUAUGCAGUAUUUGUUUUUCAUUUUAAGAUUAUUUGUUAAAAAUUCUGAAAUAGCUUUGGUUGUUUUCAAUUCCAUCAUAUAAUGAUAUAUUUGUAAUCUUAAUUUACAUUAGCGAGCGGAAAAUGUUUACCUAGGGAAAUUAUUGCACAAAUUUACAUAACUGUUUAUAGUCCAUGCAUUGGAAGUGGAAUGACUGGUAGAUUAACAAUUUUAACAUUUGCUGUUUAUAGCGGGCAACAUUUCUUCCUUUCUUUUAUACAAUAAAAAAAGAAAAAAAUUAAAACGAAUGCAAAGAAUAAAGUCGAUCUUGGGAUAUCGACAAUAACGGGGUGACAAUAUAGUUGUCAGUCCAUGUUAUUAAUCUUAAAAGCACAGACUUCCGAAAAGUUUGCGUGCAUCUGUACAACCCAUACGUGCAAUCAAUUUUUGUUGUAAAUGAAUAUUUCUGUGUUAUUUCUUAUUUAUUUUUCUAUUUUUACGAAAAUUAAAACGUACGCUUUCCAGUGGGAUGUCUUAGAAACUUCGUUAGAAUUUAAAAAACUGGGGAAGGAAAAAAAUAAGCGAACUAAAAAACGAAAGACAUCAUUUCUGAUAUAGAAAUUGGUUGAAACUGGACGCAGGGACAGACUGUUGAUAUACAAUUGAUUACCACCUCUAGCGAAUUAAAGGGACUAAUUGCAAAUGGAGUAAAAAGGAAAAAAAAAUUAAUCUACUUACCUUUCACAAAUCACGCAACUUAAACUUAGUGUUCGUUUUACUGAAUGCAAGAGCAAAGUUGAAUUCGAAUGCCACGCCUAUAAAAAUUGUAUAAAACUAUUGAGGAGACGUACAAGGGGAGAUGAAUGACGGACUUUCCAGCUUCAUUGCAGCGAGCAAUAAUGGAUUUUUGAGCAAGAAAAACAUUUUCUGGCGGAGGCCAUCACUAGUCGCCACAAUUUCAUCCAAAUUGUGCAUACCUUUCUGGUUUUCAAUUUUUGGUAUAAUUUUAAUAAUUUUACCUUUUUCGCUCAGAAUUUUGAGUAUCUCAGUUAUGGAAUUACCAUCACAUAUGAAGGAGGCGAAAAUCUGAAACGACUGGUACGCCGCCAACAAAGCGCUGCCAAUCGUUUAUAAACGGAUGUGAUGUUUAUGAAAAUGAAAAUCAAAAAAUUAAACGAAGAAAGAAUGGUAAAAUCGAACUUAUCGAUGGAGAUAAAGAUAAAGUUAUUGAAGACAGUGGUAAAACACAAGAUGCACGAACAACAAGCACCUUAUUGAGCGAAGAGUGCAAAUGAAAAUAUGAAGAAACAGGUGCAGAGUAGCGCAGACGUAAAAUUUAUAAUAGCAUCAAGAGAUUAACAUUAAUAUAUUGUUUUAAAAUCACAUUUCUUUAUUGUAUUUUCAUUAAAUAUUCCCUCCCUGUAAAUAUUUUAAACAAUUCUAAAAUGUAAACUAAUUUAAAGUGAAUAAUAUGUGCUCUAUAAUUAUAAGAUCAUAAUUUGCAUUAAUAUAAUAAUCUGAAGCUAAAGGUUAUACGAUUAUAUUAU